AUGACGCCGGACGAAGUCGAAGCGCUCUUCCAGAGCGUCCCCGGGGAUGACGGGCGACGCACCGAAGCCCUCGAGCCGGUUGCGAGGACCGCUCGGGAGCUACGGGAGGCCCAGUCCCCGGAACUCGACCUCUUGGCGGAGAAGAUCGGGAACGGGAGCCGACAAGAGCCGUGGAGGGUGGCGCUCGGGGAGUCCGGGCUGUUAGACUUCUUCCUGAGCUUGGUUGGCGCCGACGAGAGCAGGCCAUCUCUCCUCACCCAUGCCCUUAGGAUUAUCGGCAACUCCUGCGCCGAUAAAGACGAGAACCGACGACGGGUAGUCGAGUCGGGUCGUCUGCCUGGCAUCGUUGCGCUGCUUAAAGAGGAUACUUCCCUCCUUCCCUUCGCCAUCCCCGUCUUGUACAAUAUCUGUGUGGACUAUGAACCCGCACAGAUCGCCGCAUAUAAAGCCGGCGUAAACCCUAGCCUAGUUGGCCUCCUCGUGAGCCCUCGGCUUGAGAAGGUAUCGGCUUCCUUAGGUAUUAUCUAUAAGCUGCUAAGUUUAGUAGCGGGUCAAGAGCCUGAGGCCGACCUUGUACACCCUGCUACGCCUGCCAUUAUCCUCGACCUCGUUACGAACCCGACGGUACCGAUUGAGCUCGAGGACUUCCUCGGGCUGUCGUCCGUGGCGUUGGCGUACCUCUCCCACGAGCAGUUCCAGGAGAACUUCCUCGCGACGCCGGGUGCUGUCGGUCUCUUCUUCCAGGCCUUCUCUAAGACCUGCGAGGACUCGGAUGCCCCGCGGACCAACGGCGACGGUGACGGCGAUGAGGAUAGGGCGCAGCUCGUUGAGCUGCUGUCAGCCUUCACGAAAACUCUCGCCGACCUGUCCGCCAACCCCCGGUUCGUCUCUCUGUGCCCGCUGGACGGCCCCGAGGCCGAGACGCUGCGGCGCUGGAUCCUGAGCCCCCACGCCCCCCUCCAGAGCGCGGCCUGCCUAGCCCUCGGGAACAUCGCCCGCUCCGACACUACGAGCGUCGCCCUGGUACGGGACUUGUCGACGCACAAAUCCCUCAUAGCGAUCCUCUCGUCGGACCCGGCCGCCGUGGACGUCCAGGUGCUGCACUCGGCCCUCAGCUUCCUGAAGAACCUGUCGAUCCCGGCGGAUAACAAGGCCCUCAUCGGCGACGCCGGGCUCUUCGCGCCCGACGUCCUGCCCCGCGUCUGGGACCUCGAGACGCAGCCGCAGAUCCAGUUCGACGCCGUGUCGCUCGCGCGCCUCCUCCUCGUCGGCUGCGCCGCCAACGCGCGGCGCAUCCUCGCCGCCGAAGCGCCCUCGCCCUCGCCAACCGGCACCCGGACGCUCCUGCACCGGCUGCUGGAGCUGCACCGGAAGGCGGACCAGGAGCCCAUCAAGAUGGAGACGGCCCGCGCCGCCGCCAACAUCUGCCGGCUGCUGCACUCCGGGGGGGCCGUCGGCCCCGCGCUCCUCGCCGACCCGUCGUCGCCCCCGGCGCCCGACGAGGCGCAGGCGCUGCUGAGCGGCUUCUACGCGCGGUACCCGGCGCUGCCGGACGCUCUGCUCUCCCUCGGCCUGCAGGCCAAGUUCCCCGUGCUCCGGUCCGAGCUCUGGUUCGUGCUCGCGCUGAUGGUGCGCUCGGCGGAGGGGGGCGCUGCCGCCGCGGCCGUCGCGCGCGCGCUGCAGCGCCACCCCGAAGUCGUGCGCCUGCUCGCCGAGACCGUCACCGGCGAGAAGCCCCCCGCCGCCGCGGCGGAGGAGGCGGAGGCGGCGGGCCACCCGGCAGCCGCUCCCGGACCCGGACCGGCGCCGGAUCUCUCGGCGGCGAUAGGCGGGCUGGGCCCGCUCGAGCCGCAGCAAGCGGACCCGGCCCGGGCAGCGGCCAUGGCCAAGGUGGACCGGGAGAACGGGCUGGUUCUCGUGGCCGAGCUGCUGAAGCGGUGCCCCGACGAGCUCUCCCCCGCGUCGAGGGACACGCUCAGCCGCAUCCUGGCGGCCGGCGGGAGCCUGGUCCUCGGUGACCGAGACAAUGGCAAGGACAAGGAGUAG